AGUUGCGCUAGUGCUAAUAGGAAAUGCUUAAGUAAAUAUGUACUUACAUUUUGGAUCCAUUGCGGUCCAUUCAAUUAUUGAUUGAAAUAAACAAUUUGUAUGCAUGUAGCACAGCCAUUCCAGCCUAAUCCUCGCAUACUUGAACCAUAUAUGUACAUAUGUAUGUAUGUACAUGCAUAUGUAUCUAUACAGAAGUUUAAUUUAUUUAUGGUAAAAAACGAAAAGGAAAUGGAAACGAAAUGCGAUACUAAAUUACUGCUAGUAACAGCAAAUGUGGGUAGCUUAUUUGAAGAUCCGUCCAGGCUCCAACAAAUAUGGCUAAAAGAAUUUUUAUCAAAGGUAUCAGAAAUCCAACCAAUGUUUGUGGGCUUACAUCUUCAAGAGGUGGGCGGGAAAACAUACGAAAAGUCAAUGGAAUUCGUUCAGGAAUUCAUUCAGUCUUUAUGCGAUUCUAUGACGGAUUACACAUUUGUGCGAAUUUAUAUGGAUGAAGAUUUUAAGUCCGCUGAACACUUCACAGCGCUAGGAAACAUGUACUUUGUUCACACAGACCUGCAAAGUCUACGGGUUUGGAACUUCUUAACGCAUGAUUGGGAGAACAAUUUAAACAAAACUGAAGAUAAGCACGUUUACUCUGGCAAUAUUGAAACGAUUCCAACCAAGGAUAAAUCUAAAUUUCCUCAACAUUUUUUUCCAGAAUGCAAAUGGUCCCGAAAAGGAUUUAUGCGAACCCGGUGGGAAAUUAAUGGUACUGCUAUUGAUCUAGUCAACAUACACUUAUUUCAUGAUGCAUCAAAUUUAGCUGCAUGUGAAGAAUUUCCAUCUGUUUACUGUAAGACCAGAAGAAGAGCCUUGGUACACACAUUGGAACGCUUCUACUUGGAUGAUAAAAAUGGCACAGUACCGUUUUUUCUAUUUGGAGACUUUAAUUUUAGAUGUGACACUGAAGGUGUUGUAAAAGAGUUAACUCAAAACUUAACCAUACAUCGCGUCCAAAGUGUGAAAAAUGAAAACACUAAAGUCCACUAUCGCAACAUCACUGGUAACAAUGUACUUACAGUGGGAAAAAAGGAAUUUAGUCAUGCAGAUCAUCAAUUAAAAUUUAAGGAAGAUUGGUUAAAGAAUUUUGAUAGAGAACUGGAGCCACUCAAGGAUAUUUUGAUAGAAUACCCAAUAACCUUUGUUCCGUCAUAUCCCUUUGAGGAGGAUCCCGAAAUGCCUACUGAUUAUAUGUCAACGCGUUGUCCGUCUUGGUGUGAUCGCAUUUUGAUGAGUCCUCAUGUAAAAGAUGUAUUAACCGAGGAUUGGGAACAGAUGAAUUAUCAAAAAAGAUACAACUUGAUCGGAGAGGCUGUGUGCAUGGGCGACCAUAAGCCCGUUUACCUAACAGUUCAUCUAAAACCAAACAAAGGUACUUAUAACAAACGCAAUUGUCAUACAAGUACGGCUUACAAUAAACUUCUUUGCGAAUUCUCGGAGUUUGCACAAGAAAUGCAAGUUAAUACGGAGCUUACAUCAAGCAAUUUAGCAGGAAGUUUAAGUCGCAAGAGCUCAAUUCACUUACAAACGGUUGAUCAGGACCUACUAAGUCCUAGUCGAAAUGUGAAUUCAGAGAACGCGUCGUCCAAUCAUUCUGCUGUUAGUAUUAAUAUAAUUGAUUCGGAUAAUAUCUAUGUGUGCAUAUGUUCACAAUUAUCUAACAGUAGUACCUUGAAAACUGAAUAUUAUGGAACAGUCGAAGCCAACGGAAUGAUUUGUCCGGUGUGUCGCAAUAUUAUUAAAAAGCAAUCACUCGAUCAUCGCUACAAAUUAAUAUCAAAACGCGUAAUCCUCUCUGAAAACAUAAUAGUGAAUCGAAUCGAUACACAGCAUCUCAACACUCCCUUCGAUUAUCAGCUUGAUGAUCCCUAUACUCCCGAAAGUAUCGAAUCUCAUUCGCCAUACCCAGAUGUAAAUAGUAUCUCCACAACCACCUCAAGUACAAGUCCGGUCGGACGCAUAUCACCAAGCUUGCAGAUUUCUGUAGCAACUGAAGGUCUGGCUAACGGCGUAUUUAAAAACAAGAAAACUCAGGACAACUACAACGUCUUUGGUUUAACCAAGGUGGAAACAUCAAUUCAAACCAACAGCAGAGAACAUCAGUUAAGGGGUACUGUAACGCCUGGACAACUUAAGUCACGAUUAGAAGAUUUACAACGUUUGUCUAUAAAUAAUAUGUCUGCAGAAAACGAAAGCAGAGUUACUAUUGGAAAUACUAACGACCAGAGACGCGACUUAAAGCUUCUUCCUAAAUGCUGCAAUAUUCAAUAGCAUUUCUAUAUUAAAUAUUUUAAAAAUUAGCAAAGAUUUUCCGUUCUUCAUUUUAAUUUACACUUUUAUAAUUAUUUAUCAGUUAAGUAAUACUAUGUAAUGAAUUUGUAUAUCACCAUUAACAAAUGAGAUCGUACGAAUCGUUAUGCUAGGCAAUUUGAAUGUGCCAUAACUAUUACGAAAGUAUUCAAGGUAUUUAAUUACUACAUAUGUGUUAUUAUCGCAUGUCAGCGACUUAAAUUCAAUUUUUGUACACAAAGCCAUCUAUCUAACGAUGCACUUAUAGUACAUAUGUACACAUACUUAAUGUGUGUUCAUACCAGUUAGGCACAAUACUUACAUACCUUCUAAAUAUUGACACCUUCCUCAGGCACAGCUUACCGUGCACUAUGCAGGAUAAAGUAUUCCUGCAAGAAACUAAUUAAUUUUAUACAGAUUUUAAUUCCACCUAAAUAAGGGGUGUAAACCAAUAUAGAAAUUAAAUGUAACGUUUGUUUUUUGGUCUGCUUUUUAAAUUGUUAUGUAGUGUUUUUUUUUUAGUAAGUGUUAUGUAAUAAACAAAAUAUUUGUA